UUUUAACAUAGCCUUCACCACUUCCUUUCUCUAGCCUUCACCACUUUAUCUCUCUCUUUCCCAUUUUCACAGCCAUUUGUUUGAUUCCUCUCUCUCUCUCUUGGCUUUUCUAUUGGAUUGUGUAUUAGAGACUGAUUAGCUUAAGGGAACCCAAAAAAGAGAAUUCUUCUCUUCUCUUGUUUCAAUUUUCUAAACUUUUUCUGGGCUGUUCUUGUACGAAUUUUCUAAAAAGAAGACUUUUCAGUAUCUGGGUUCUUCUUCGCAGUGAAGCUUCUCAAUACCCAUAGAAGCUAAUACUGAAGAAAAUAUUAAUAAGCUAUAUCUAAUAUUAGAAUUGUUCAGAGUCUCUAUACUUUUCUGAUAUUCUUGAUAAGCUAUCUAUCUCUUUAUAAUAAAUUUUGAAAAAGAUGGGGAAGCAAGGGCCUUGCUGUCACUGUGGAGUUACAAGCACACCUCUAUGGCGAAACGGGCCACCAGAGAAGCCGGUUCUGUGCAAUGCGUGUGGUUCCAGAUGGAGAACGAAGGGAUCACUAGUAAACUACACACCACUUCAUGCUCGUGCUGAAGGUGAUGAUGUUGAGAUUGAAGAACGUAGAGGCCAAAAGAUGAUGAUGAUUAAUGGAAUGUCUAUGAACAAAAAGAUUCCCAAGAGGAAACCAUAUCAAGAAAACUUCACAGUUAAGAGAACCAACUUGGAGUUCAGUAACGGUUUCAAGAAAAGGGCAUUUGAAGAAGAAGUUAGCAACAAUAGAUCGAGUUCAGGGUCUGUUGUGUCCAACUCAGAGAGCUGUGAUCAGUCUAACGCGUGGGAAACGAGUUUUGCUUGUAAGAAGAGGACUUGUGUGGGGCGUCCGAAGGCACCUUCUUCUGUUGAGAAGCUCACAAAGGAUCUCUAUAGUAUUUUACAAGAACAGCAGUCUUCUUGUCUCUCUGGUACUUCAGAGGAAGACUUGCUUUUCGAGAAUGAGUCACCGAUGGUGAUAGGACAUGGGAGUGUUCUUUUGAGAGAUCCUCAUGAGGAGUCUGAAGCUAGCUCGCUCUUGGUUGAGAGCAGCAAGUCCUCAUCAAUACAGUCUCAAAACUCUGGUGGAAAAGCUAUAAAGCAGGAGCAACUCAAGAGGACCAAGUCUCAAGUCUUGGGAAGACAUAAUUUACCACUCUGUAAUAUAGAUUUGAAGGAUGUUUUCAACUUUGAUGAGUUCAUAGGAAAAUUCACAGAGGAAGAGCAGCAAAAACUUAUGAAAUUACUUUCUGAAGUUGAUCUUCCUGAUAGCCUCAUGAGCAUGUUUGAGAGUUCACAGUUCAAAGAAAACUUCUCCUUGUUUCAGCAACUAGUUGCAGAUGGUGUAUUUGGGACAUUAUCAUCAUCAUCAUCUUCUUCCUCUGGAUCAAAACUUGAAGAGUUUAAGACACUUGCAAAGCUUGCUUUAUCCGAUCCUGACAAAUCCAGUUUGUUGGAAAGCUAUCAGAUGCUCAAGGAACAGAGAAAAGGGAUUGAAGAGUCUGUUACUACAACAUUAAUGGUCUCAAAUCCGAACCCAUCGGAUACUGAUAGUCAAGUAACCAUUGAAAGACCUUGUGAAAACUUAAACCAAAACUUCUCAGAGAAAAGGGUUGUGAUGAAGAGCCCCAAAGAAGUGAUGAAGAUUAGAUCAAUACACAAUGAAACCAAAGAGACUAUAGAGAACAGUGUCUCUUCCUUUAACCAAAUGAGCUAUGGUGGAUCGAUGGUGUGUAGCUAUGAAGAUAAUGAUAACUCUGAUCAGGAUCUUCUUCUUGAUGUGCCGUGUAAUGGCUCAUUCCCUCAAGCAGAGCUUCUUCAUAUGAUAUGAAAGAAAGAGGAAGUUUAUGAAACUCGAUUGGCAUUUCUCAGAACAGAGACUUAAAAAGACCUUUUAAAGAUCUCUCUCUCUCUCUGAAGAAAAAACUAUCUCACCCUUUUUAGCUUUGUCUGAGGAAAAUGUGGCCAAAUGAGAUUUUUUCUGCAUUUAGAAAGUGCAAUAUAAAAAAGGGAUUUUUAUGUAAGGGCUGUUUUUGGCGGUCUUAUCUGACACAUGUCUUCUUGAUCUUACUUAACUUGGGGAAGAAGUAAGUUUCGUUUCCUUAUUGAAAUCUUUUCCUUAUUGAAAUCUUUUCCUUGUGCUCAAAACUCAA